CCUCGGGUCGCCAACUCGCUCACCCAGUCAUCAUCUCACGGAGGACGCUUUUCCUGAAGGUGUCGUGUCGCGAUCGUCAAUUGUUACUUUUGCGUGCUCGGAACAAAAUUUCUUCGCUCCUGUCUGAUACUAUAAUACAGCCUCGAGAAUUAAACAUUUUUUGCUCGAAAUGAAAUUAUAAUAAUUUAUUCAGAUUUCAGGUGAUUUUGUUUUUGUGGACUCUGAGACAUAAGUUGGUUUUAAAGAGACUAACACAGAAUUCUUAUCGAUAUUUGGGAGAUUUCACGUUCUGUUUUUAGAUGUUUGUUUUGUGAUUGUGGACAUUUUUCACUGUUUUUAAAGUUUACCACUGACGUAUAAAAAUUGCUGUUUACUUUCACACAAAUUAUUUUAAAACUUAUAGCACCUUCAUUGUAAAUCGUAAGAAUUGUUCAAAAUACGUAGACUUUUAUAGUUUCCGUAGUUUCGUGCGGCAAUAUUUUAAAUGUUUUAGAGGGACACAGUUUUUAAAUAGUUGUCUAUUAAUGUUGAUGUUUUGAAGAUUCCUGUGUAACAUAUCUGGAUAUCAUAGUCGCUUUAAUAUAUCUUGUUAGUUGAGGAGAAUUUUAACUUUUUGUAUGCGUGUCUGGAUUAGAAAUUUUUCUCAACGCCACUGAAAUUAUGUUUCAAGUCUUCUAACAUUACGAUCUCUAAAGAAGUGAAAACUCGCCCAGUUGAUAUCAACUAUCAUUCUGGACACUGAUUCUUGGCGAGACUUCCAUCGCUUAAUGGUUCGGCUCUACUGAAUUCUAUCUUCAUGUUGGUGGUAGCAGCCAUGUUGAAACAGCAUUUGGUUCCCCGUGGCUCAAAGAAUACUAUAGGAAUUCAGUACUGUAACCUGAUCCUAAUUGCUACUACAAGUCUGCUAUUGUUGGCAACAACUCCCAUUGCUGGAUUCGACAUACGUCCGUGUGACUUUCCUCUUGGGAUGGAGUCCGGGUCUGUCCCCGACUCUGCCAUUACCGCGAGUUCGUCCUACGUGCCCAAUGUAGGACCACAUCAGGGAAGGUUGCGGGUCGACAAAACAGGAGGCGCGUGGUGCCCGAAGCAGCAGGUGGAGCGAGGGGUACGAGAGUAUCUUGAGGUCGACCUGGGUGACGUAUACGUGCUAACCGGCGUCGAGACGCAGGGUCGGUAUGACCGCGGUCGCGGCCAAGAGUACGUCGAGGAAUACAUGAUUGAGUACUGGCGUCCUGGCCUGGGGGAAUGGAAGCAGUACAGUCGUUGGGACGGCAAACAGAUUCUGAGCGGCAACAGCGACACAGCGACCGUGGUGAGUCACCGUCUGAUGCCCCCUGUUUACGUGAGCAAGGUCAGAGUGCUGCCCUACAGCGUGCAUCGCCGUACAGUCUGUCUCCGGGUGGAACUUCGAGGUUGUCUGGCCGAGGGGGGCAUCGUGAGUUACCAGGUACCGGAGGACACGGCCCGCGAGCCGGGUCAGGACCUCAGAGAUUCAUCGUACGACGGUGUCCGUCUAGAAGGCCAUCUAGUGGGCGGAUUGGGCAGACUCGUGGACGGUGAGGUUGGUGGUGACAACUUCAAACUAGACAUCGGUUAUGGGAAGGGUAACGGCUGGGUGGCUUGGAGAAAUGAUUCUUUUCCAAACCAUUAUGUCGAGAUGAUUUUCGAGUUCGAUCAGGUUCGAAAUUUCAGCGUGCUACAUAUAUUCACAAAUAAUUUCUUCACAAAGAAUGUUCAGGUGUUCGCUAAGGCGAAGGUGAUGUUCAGUGUCGGGGGACAGUUCUACAACGGAAGACCCUUGGUCUACACGUACAUGCCGGACACUGUCCUCGAGAACGCUCGAAAUGUGUCCAUCAACUUGCACGGGCGCUUCGGACGUUUCGUCAAGGUCCAGCUGUAUUUUGCAGCCCGUUGGAUUAUGAUCAGCGAAGUUGUCUUCGAAUCCGCACCGCUAAUGGUAAACAUUACAGAAGAAAUUGAAGCAAGUAUGAGUGACGAUGAGUUCAUUGUUAACUCAGCUGACACUGAUUCUACUUGGGACACGUUUGAAACAAUUGCUGCGCCCAAAGACGGUCAAGGAUACGUAGAAGUUGUCAUUGGAGGUCUAACAGCGAUCAUGUUGCUUCUUCUGAUUGUGUUUGUGGUGAUACUCGUUCUGAGUAGACGUCAGAAGCUACAAGGAUCUCCUACCAUCCUAAGGAAUCCUUUUGGGGUUACUAUAAAUAUGAAGGAUCUGUUGAUGAAUCUUGCACCAGUUAACAGCAAUGGAAUGGUACACGUGAGUAAUCAUCCGACACCAGCAAGUCAGGAUCCACCGAGUGAUCCGCCAUCACUCACCUUCGAGCAGUACCGUUCACCCCUGGUGAACACGUAUUACGGACCCAAUUACGCUACAUUGCGUAGUAACACAGCAGAUCGUGAUGGUAGCGUUUCAAUGCCGGAGGAAACGGAACGGCAAGAGAGUGACGAUACGGUGACGAAAACCCCUACACCGCCUCCGGCAACAGGCAGCUUCUCGUCUUUACAGUUUCGAAGUCUUCAGACAACGCCAGUAGUUGGACCUAAAUCGCAGGUGAUUAACCUCUGCAACUACUUCCCCAGAGUUGCCUCGGACCCACCCAGCAGAAAACGAUACCACACCGCACCGCGCGAGAAGCACAGGGUACCACCUCCAGUAGUGACAUGGAACAUAGCUCCCAGUAUGGGUCACGCGUAUAAAUGUCGAGAAGCAGAGCUAGUGCCGAUUCCACGUUACUGCCUUCGCAUGGUUGAAAAAAUUGGAACAUGCCACGCAGGAGAGAUAAUCCUAUGUGAGACAGAGGGACUGGAAGACAUAGUGCCAGGUGUCGGGCGAACAGUAGCGGUCCGUACCUCUAAUUCAAAGUCCUCGGAAUCUGGGACUGAUGCGUUAAGAGAAGUUAGAUUCCUAGCAAGCCUAAGCGAUCCGAAUGUAGUGCGAGUUCUGGGUAUAUGUACAGCAGAGCAGCCACCGUGGACAGUCCUGGAAUACCCUGACAUGGGCGACCUCGCUCAUUACCUACAAUACAGAGUGCCAGUGACUGCCUCUGUACGUCCCUCUACCAACUUACAGGCCUUGAGUUACGGUUGCCUAAUCUUCAUGGCAACACAGAUUGCUUCCGGUAUGCGAUAUCUAGAAUCCAAGAAUGUCGUACAUAAGGAUUUAGCUGCCAGAAACUGUCUAGUGGGACGCGGCUACCACGUAAAAUUGGCAGAUGUCGCGAUGUGCAGCGGCCUGUAUCACAAAGACUACAGCGAAAUUGGGAGCCGACCACCUGCGCCCAUCCGGUGGUUGCCGUGGGAGAGUAUUCUGCUCGACCGGUACACGUGCUCUAGCAGCACGUGGUCAUUUGCCGUCACUUUGUGGGAGAUUCUAAGUCUGGCACGUGAAAAACCAUUCCAGCACCUGUCCAAUGAACAGGUGAUACAAAAUGCCGAACAUAUGUAUUAUGGCGGAGAACUUCAGGUCCUUCUGCCGAAACCAACGCUAUGCCCUGUGGAAGUCUAUGACUUGAUGUGUGAGUGUUGGAGGCGUGAUGAGGGUCUCCGCCCCACAUUUAAGGAGAUCUACAUGUUUCUCAAACGCAAAAACAUGGGUUAUCGACCCGGAGACUGAAGAUAUUGUUCUCUAAUCAUAAAACUACAACCUUGAUGUGUUCUUUACUGCCCUCAAAAAUAAAACUAUAGAUAUAUCGAGUCUAAUAUUCUACUUUUAAAAUUUUCAGAACGUUCUGGUUCAUAUCUGAUAAUAUCGAAAGCUUUCUAUGGAAAUAUUUGGUUGAGACGUAGAACGUAAAACCAGAACGCUGAUUCUGGAAUUUUAGUAAUUAAACAGGUGGAUGCAAAUGUUGGUAGCGGAAUUUUAUAAGUAAUAACAUUUUUGUCUGCUCGAUGUGAAAUCAGAGAAAAAUUAGUGACGAGAUGACGUAACCCAAAAGGGAGUUGAUCUGCGUGUAGACCAAAGUACAGAGUACAGGAAUAAAUGGACAGUGAAAUAAAAGACUAAGAAGUAGACUUAAUCACUGUAUAGCAUUACGUAUUCUAUAAUCUUGUAAAUAAUUCUCAGUACUGCUUUACUUCUUCAAGUUUGGUGCUUCCAAUAACCCUUGGAUUUUGACGCAAAGUGGGAAUUAAGCAAAUUGCGAUUUCCAUUUUGCGUCGUGAUCUUAGGAUAGACUGUGCAUACAGUUGCGUGAUAUGUGUAAUGCCGUAGUCACAGUGACUGCAUAAAAUAAUAGUGUUCUUUUUUAUUAUUAUUAUACUGAUGGAAAUAACUAUUUGUCUUCAUUGCACAGUAACGAGCUUGUGUUACGUAACUGGCACGUAAAUAAUUGACAGAUGUUUGUGGAAAUAUCGUACGGAUGGGACCGCGUAGUCUACCGCGACAUUUAACUGUCUGAA